AUGAGGAUAUGCAACACUAUGCUUCCGGUUCCCCCGGACAGAGAGUUGUCUUCCCUUUUCCACAUUCAUCACGCUCAGAUUUCUGCCUGGAAGGAUUUGCUAGGUACCCCUUUGUGCCAUGCGCGCCGCGAAACAGCCAUGAAACGACCUGCUGCAUUGGCCAUGAAGCGGCCUGCCGCCUCGGCCAUGAAGCGGCCUGCAGCACUGAAGCGGCCAAGUUCCACUUCAGCCGCGGUGCUGAAACUGUCGGUACAAGACAGCCGUGGCGGAGGCUAUCCACUGGUCAACAUGUCCAUGGAGAUUGAGAAGGGACAGCGCAUCGAUGAUGUCAGGGGAAUUAUAGCACAGGCGUUUGGAGGGCCUCCGGAGUUCAUGCAAUUCUCUUCAGAUGGACAGAACCUCUCUGGUGAGGAUUCCAUUGACACCUUGGCCAAGCGAGGCCAAGUGAACUUGGACCUCCGGCAAGCUCCUGACGCACCAUUACCUGGAAGCCAAUGGAUGGGUGAAAACACCAUGCAGGUUCCUGCUGAUGCCGAGGAGCGCAAGGGAACUGUUUGGAUGGAAAGUACUGGAACUGGAGCGCUCUCUGCGACUGAGGUCUCCGCAGAUGACUAUGCUGCUUUGCUGAGAACACUCCAGGAAGACGAAGACCUCAUGCGCCUACGCAACUCGCCCGACAACUUCAGGACCGAGGUGAACGACGUGGUGGCAGAGCGUGCUUGGUGCCGUGUCUUCCGGUAUGAGGACUGCACCAUUGCCCCGGAUCCAGAGCAAAGCAUCGAAUACUUCGACGCCUUUGCGACAGCCAUCCAUGCAGCGCAUGCUUCUUCACCCGGCGAUGGCGGUUUCAAACCGCUGGUGUCGAGCUUGAGUUGCCAGGCCUCGGUGAACUCGGCCAAGGGAGAUGCCUGGUUGCGCGUGCUGGGCGUGGUGAAGUAUGACAACAUCAGCUUUGGCAUCUUGCAGGAGUAUGACGGUGAGGGCUUCUUGAUCGCUCUGCGUGGAGGUGAACUUAAGACCCGCUUUCUGGUUGAGGUGCUCAUGGGCUUCUCUGAUGCUUUGUAUCGGCAAUCUCACAGCAUGUGGAUGGGUGCCCGCUACAAGUUCUUCUCCCAUCGCUUCCAAGUGUGGAGGUCGCCGACGCAGGGAGCGCUGGGCCCCAAGGCCUCCAGCUUCCAUGCAUCUUUACAGGAAGCAUUUGAGAUGAUGGGCUAUGCCCAGGUGGGCACCAUCGUUGUUCAGCAGCUGGAAAGGGUCAGGGCCGGUUUCGCUGAGAACUCUCCAACGAAGCUCUUUCAGGAUGCACGUGAUGCGGCCCAGGCGAGUUCCACGCGGGUGGUGUUUCCACCCAUGCGGGGGGCAAGCACCAAAGGUGCUGGACCCAGCGGGCACCAAAACGUUGGCAUUGGCGCGGUGGUUGGCUGCUUGAAAGAGGUCGCGGAUGGAAGUCCCAUGCGAAAGGCCUCGGCAAGAAGAGCUUCGGCGCCAGUGGAUGCAAGCAUUUUCGGUGAGUUCUACGUCACACCCGAGCGCUACAGCACUAUGACUGGCCGUGGGAAAGAUCAUGCCAUGUACGGCACCGAUCAGUUCAUCGAAGGGCCUCAGACCAUGAAGGGCGGCAUCGUCUAUUCGUACUACUGGUACAUGUUCACAGCCUUCAUCUAUGGCAAACCACAGUAUGCCGAUGGCUUUGGACUGGCCUAUGCAGAGGAGCAGAACAUGCUGGACACCUACGAUGAGGUUGCAGGCCAGAAGCGCUAUGCCAUGUGGAACUUUUGCAACAACCACGACAACUGGAGGAUGCAAAGCAUGACGAGUACUCAACACUUGUUUGUUUGCCUGGUGAUCAUCACCUUUUGGCCGGGCAUCCCGUUGCAUUACGCAGGUGACGAACAGAACUUCCGCACACCGGGAAGCGCCUUAGAUGGUUGGGCUCGCGAAGAAUUGAGCCCCUCUUUGGCCUGGCAAGCGGUGCGCCAUCAAGACAACUUCUUGCAGCGCGACAGCUUUGACAUGACUUCGAGAAACUAUUUGCCGCGUGCUGACGGCUUUAUUGAAGAAUGGGCGUCGCCUUUGCGGGGCUUUCCGUUCCCAGAGAGAAGUUGA